AUGGCGGGGGUCAGCGUGCUGGUGGGCGCGCCCAAGGCCAACACUAGCCAACCUGGAGUGCUGCAGGGGGGAGCUGUCUACCUCUGCCCCUGGGGCACCAGCGCCUCACUGCAGUGCACCCCCAUUGAGUUUGACAGCAAAGGCUCUCGGAUCCUGGAGGCGUCCGUGUCCCGCCCAGAGGGAAAGGAGCCGGUGGAAUACAAGUCCUUGCAAUGGUUUGGGGCGACCAUUCGAGCGCACGGCUCUUCCAUCUUGGCCUGUGCUCCACUCUACAGCUGGCGCACGGAGAAGGACCCCCUGAGGGACCCCGUGGGCACCUGCUACCUCUCCACAGACAACUUCACCCGCAUUCUGGAGUACGCGCCGUGCCGCUCGGAUUUCAGCUUGGCAGCAGGGCAGGACUUCGUUGCUGGCGUGCCCAAAGGGAACCUCACCUAUGGCUAUGUCACCAUCCUUAAUGGCUCCAACAUUCGAUCCCUCUACAACUUCUCAGGGGAACAGAUGGCCUCCUACUUUGGCUACUCGGUGGCUGCCACAGACAUCAAUGGGGAUGGGCUGGAUGACCUGCUGGUGGGGGCACCCUUGCUUAUGGAGAGGACAGCCGACGGGAGGGCCCAAGAGGUGGGCCGGGUUUACAUCUACCUUCAGCACCCCACUGGCAUGGAGCCCACGCCCACCCUCACCCUCACUGGCCACGAUGAGUUUGGUCGAUUUGGCAGCUCCCUGACCCCGCUCGGGGACCUGGACCAGGAUGGUUACAAUGAUGUGGCCAUUGGCGUUCCCUUUGGUGGUGAGACCCAGCAAGGUGUGGUGCUUAUAUUCCCUGGGGGACCAGGGGGCCUGGGCUCUAAGCCCUCCCAGGUUCUGCUGCCCCUGUGGGCAGCUGGCCACACCCCGGACUUCUUUGGCUCAGCUCUGAGAGGAGGCCGGGACCUGGAUGGCAACGGAUACCCUGAUCUGAUAGUGGGGGCCUUUGGUGUGGACAAGGCCGUGGUGUACAGGGGCCGCCCCAUUGUGUCUGCCAGUGCCUCCCUCACCAUCUUCCCCACCACAUUCAACCCAGAAGAACACAGCUGCCGUCUGGAGGGAAACCCUGUGUCCUGCAUCAACCUCAGCUUCUGCCUCAAUGCUUCUGGAAAACACGUCCCGGACUCCAUUGGCUUUGCGGUGGAGCUCCAGUUGGACUGGCAGAAGCAGAAGGGGGGAGUGCGCCGGGCGCUGUUCCUGGCCUCCCAACAGGCAACGCUGACGCAGACCCUGCUCAUCCAGAACGGGGCUCGGGAGGAGUGCCGAGAGAUGAAGAUCUACCUCAGGAAUGAGUCAGAAUUCCGAGAUAAACUUUCUCCGAUUCACAUCGCCCUCACCUUCUCCCUGGACCCCCAAGCCCCGGUGGACCACCAUGGCCUGCAGCCGGUCCUGCAUUACCAGAGCAAGAGCCGGAUAGUGGACAAGGCUCAGAUCUUACUGGACUGUGGAGAGGACAAUAUCUGUGUGCCCGACCUACAGCUGGAAGUGUUUGGGGAGCAGAACCGCGUCUACCUGGGGGACAAGAACGCCCUCAACCUGACUUUCCACGCCCAGAACGUGGGAGAGGGCGGCGCCUACGAAGCGGAGCUGCGGGUCACCGCCCCUCCAGAGGCAGAGUACUCAGGACUCGUCAGACACCCCGGGAACUUCUCCAGCCUGAGCUGUGACUACUCCGCGGUGAACCAGAGUCGUCUGCUGGUGUGUGACCUGGGGAACCCCAUGAAGGCCGGAGCCAGUCUGUGGAGUGGCCUACGGUUUACCGUCCCUCAUCUCCGAGACACAAAGAAAACCAUCCAGUUUGACUUUCAGAUCCUCAGCAAGAAUCUCAACAACUCCCAAAGCGACUUGGUCUCCUUCCAGCUCUCGGUGGAAGCUCAGGCCCAGGUCUCCCUUAACGGUGUCUCCAAGCCAGAGGCUGUGCUGUUCCCCAUGAGCGACUGGCAUCCCAAAGACCCGCCUCAGGAGGAGGGAGAUGUGGGCCCUGCUGUCCACCACGUCUAUGAGCUCAUCAACCGGGGCCCCAGCUCCAUCAGCCACGGGACACUGGAGCUCAACUGCCCCCAGGCCCUGGAAGGUCAGCAGCUGCUCUACGUGACCAGGGUGACAGGACUGAGCAACUGCACGGCCAGCCACCCCCUCAACCCACAGGGCCUGGAGUUGCAUCCUGAAGGCUCCCAGCACCACCAGCUGCAGAAGCGGGAGGCUCCGGGCCGGAGCUCCGCCUCCUCCGGGCCUCAGGUCCUGAAAUGUCCAGAGACCGAGUGUUUCCGGCUGCGCUGUGAGUUGGGGCCACUGCACCGGCAAGAGAGCCGAAGCCUGCAAUUCCACUUCCGAGUCUGGGCCAAGACCUUCCUGCAGCGGCAACACCAGCCGUUCAGCUUGCAGUGCCAAGCUGUGUAUAAAGCUCGGAAGAUGCCCUACCGAAUCCUGCCUCAGGAGCUGCCCAGUAAGGAACUUCAGGUGGCCACGGCUGUGCAGUGGACCAAGGCAGAGGGCAACCACGGCGCCCCACUGUGGAUCAUUAUCCUAGCCAUCCUCAUCGGCCUCUUGCUCCUAGCUCUGCUCAUCUACGUCCUCUACAAGCUUGGAUUCUUCAAACGCUCCCUCCCCUACGGCACCGCCAUGGAAAAAGCUCAGCUCAAGCCUCCAGCCACCUCUGAUGCCUGAUCCCAGACUCCCCAAAUCUGAAGGCCCAGGCCUCUCCCACCCACCAGUCUGCUGACAGGGAGGUGUCUGGGCACUUCCUGAAGGUGCUGAGGGCCAGGGAGAUGCUCCUCUCCCCAGCCCAGGGACAUACUUGAAGGGCCAAGCAAGGUGGGUGAGGAGCUGGGCCCACCCACCCCCAUGCACUGUGAAGGACCCUCGUUUACACACAGCCCUCCUCAUUAACCAGGGCACUCAGACCCAUGGACAGGGGCCUCCGCCUCCCUGCCACCUUUGCAUUUUGGAGCAAGAGUUCUCUGAAAGCCACUGGGAACCACAGCGCCGGGAAUCUCGUCUCAGUGUGCAGGGCUUGACAUGCCACCAGGACCUCCUGUCCGGCCCCAACCUGCAAAGAGCUUCCCUGGGCCUUGCCAGAGACUCCGCUAGGAAUCUGGAACCUGGGAGUAAGACCUGGAGCCCCGGAGAGUCCUCGUCCUGGUGGGCCAACAAGGAACACUAACCAGGGAUGGUGCCCCAGGACCAGCUCAGGGCAGAUCCCAAGCAAGGAUUGGCACGGCCCCAAACCCAGCUCUAUCAGAAGCAGAACUCGGGUGAGGCCUGUGGCCCGUGCUGCUCCGGGACCCGGGCUGAGACCAUCAAUAGCCUAACCAGGCAGACCCAGGACCACAUUUGGGCCUGCGCAAGACGGCCUGGAGACCUGGUCCACCCCUGACUCAGGAGAAGUCAGGAAACGCCCAGGACCCUGAAGAGGCCAUGAUGGCCACAGCUAUGGAACCUCGGCCUGGCCAGAUGCAGACCCUUCUAGGGCCCCUGGAGAGAGGGGGGGCCAUGGUCCUGGGCUCACAGGAUCUGGGCUCUGCCCACCAGCUGCACUGACGCUACCCCUCCCCUCCCCUCCCUCUCCCCUCCCUGCCCAGCCUCCCCCUCACCUUGGCUCCAGGAUACCGGGGACUUAUUUAAACUCUGUUGCAAGUGCAAUAAACCCGGCCUGGGGGUCCCCACUGA